CGUGCCGGGGAGGAAGGUAGGGGGGGCGUGGAUGGCAUUUUCCAGCAGCCAGGGUCGAGAUAUGGAGCGAAGGCAGGAGAGCAGGGCUGGCCCGCGGGCCUUGGCCGGGAACCCGCAGCUCUGUGAGGGAGCCGUCCCCCGGGUCGCCAAGCAGGAGCAGGAGAAGCUCUCCGGGGUUGUGAAGAGCGUCCACCGGAGCCUGCGGAAACAGUACCUGGAAGAUGGCAAUUUUGAUAAAGUUUGGAAUCAGCAUUGUAAAGAUGAAAGAAAACUUGGUGAAUAUGCAUGUGCAAUGAAAAGCUUGGCUGACAAUUACUGGACAAAGAAAUGUGAAGGACAAAGUCGCAUUGAAUGGUGCCUUGGUGUCUGCCGAGAUUAUUUUUUCAAUGGAGGAAAGAGGAAAAUUAUUGAAAAGGAUGCACGCAGAGCUGUGUUAAAUAGUACCUUCCCUCUAAACUACGAUGAAGUUCUGAUGUCCUUGAAUCAAAAUAAAGAGUUUCAUCACUCUGGAAAGAUGAGGUUGCUCGAUGUCGGAAGCUGCUACAAUCCAUUUCUCAAGUAUGAAGACAUCUUGGCAGUUGGGAUUGACAUUGUUCCUGCAGUUGAGACUGUGCACAGGUGUGACUUCCUGAAUCUACAGAUACGCCAGCCUCUUCAGCUUGCUCCUGAGGCCGUUGAUAUUUUCCUGAAGAACCUACGAAGUCCAAUUGAGAGCUUGCAUUCUGAGCUUUUUGAUGUAGUUGUUUUCUCCCUUCUCCUUUCUUAUUUUCCUUCACGUUACCAACGUUGGCUUUGCUGUAAAAAGGCCCACGAACUUCUUGCACUAAACGGUUUGCUGCUUAUCAUCACCCCUGAUUCCUCACAUCAGAAUCGUCAUGCUUUAAUGAUGAAAAGCUGGAAGAUCGCAAUCGAGUCUCUCGGCUUUAAACGCAUGAUUUACUCAAAAUUUGCUCACAUGCAUCUCAUGGCCUUUAGAAAAACAUCAUUGAAAACUACAUGUGAUUUGAUUACUAGGAAUUAUCCAGACAUGCUCUAUAUUCCUCAAGAUUUUAACUUUAUGAGUGAAAAAGGAUAUUCGCGUACCUCUUACGUCCGCUCAGAGCGUGAAAAUGAACAACUAGCGUGCACUUUUUCUGAGCUACCAGGUGGUCCUUUUGAGUCUGACUCACGUGCAGGUCAGACUAGCACAAAGUCUUUCUAUGAGUUCGAAGAACCUAUACUACUUAUGAACUAGAGUAGUGUAUGUACCGAACAGCCUUUUUGGAUGCGUUGCCAAAUUGUCAUUCUCCAACCCUAGACUUGAAACAAAGAUGUUUACAAACUAUUUUUCCAACACCUAUGUAUUAAAGGGGUGUUGUUUUUGGUUUUUCUCUUGUAUAAGAACAGGGCGGUUGCUACUUUGUAAAAUGUAUAGUUUCAUUUGUAUGACCAGGUACUACGAGCUGCGUGAUGCACAUCUUUCUUUUUUUUU